AUGGGGGCAGAGAUAACAACGGAAGAAGACUGCACAGAAAACAACACAGACUACAAGAUCAUCUCCUCUCGCGAAGAAGCAGACUACUACAAUCUGUUGCUCAGUGACCUCGAAAAAACCACCACCAAGAUUGUUCUACCAAUCCUCCUUGCUCUUGGGUUGAUCGGCAACAUCGGCUUUCUGUUCACAGUGCUCCGUGUUCGUAGCAUGCGAACGGCCACCAACUUCUACCUGUCCAACCUGGCUGUGGCUGACUUGAUGUUCCUGCUGAUUGUUAUUGGUGCUAGAUUACGAGCGUAUGUUAUGUACGGCCUCCCCAACAAGGUACCAUUGCUGGGCCAGGCCGGUUGCAUAUUGGACACAUUCUGGAAGUAUGUUUUCAACUUUGCCGGCUUGAUUCUGAUCACGUUCAUAUCGUUUGAGAGAUUCAUUGCCGUGUGUCACCCUUUACGCCACCGGUUAAUAAGCGGUCGCAGUCGGUCCGUCAAACUGAUUGUAGUCUGCUGGCUCGUGGCCUUGCUCCUUGCUCUUCUGGUCAUCCCUGCAAAUUUCAACUUCAAGAAGUACUGCAUCUCAUGGAACACAGCUGAUCCAGGACUUCGCGACAAGUUCCCGGCUAUCAUCGGAAGAUGUGAGAACCCCGACGUUUGGGCCUUUCAGAUGUUCCACCUGGUUCAGACUGUACCAUUCUUUGUAGCAUUCUUUGGUAACUCCUUCUUCUACACUCGAAUCCUAUUGAAACUCCACCAGCGGGAUACGCACGAUCGGCAACGCACAAUUCGCACUCGUAACCAGGUCGCUGUCAUGCUGGUAGCCAACGGAACAGUGUUUCUCCUCACGAUGACAUCCUUUGAGGUGACUUCAUUAUUGAUCUUCAUAGAUAGCUUCUUGGCCUCCGAUCUCAUCCCGCCCGAAAUCAAAAAUACUCUGUUCGAGAUCAACCGCAUACUCGUCUACGUCAACUCCGUCGUGAACCCCCUGGUUUACACCCUGACCAACGCCCGUUACCGACGGGCUUUUAAGACGGCUUUCACGCUGAGGUCUUGCAAGAGCAGUGGACGCCAGCGGAGUUCGACCGUCACCAGUGUGCUGGCCCAUGAUCUUUACCAAAUAAACGAUAACCAGACACGUGCGUGUCCGGAGAACAAUGUGACACCGACACGGGGACAGUACCUCAACAUCUGCUUCGAAAAUGACGAUCAAGACGCGAUGGCCAAUGAGUCUGUGCGUAAUGCAACGACCGUGUUUACUUGA